AUGCCUCUCUCAAGUACAUCGGACAACAGUCCCACUCCGAUUCCUGGUGCUGGAGACACUCAAGAUGAAGACACCAUGAAUGAUUCCAUUAAAAAACACCAAAAGAAGACUCAGAUGGCUUCAACAAAAUUGAAGGAUACAUCGGACGGAGCUCUCACGAAGCAACGGAUCAUGAUCGAUAAGGUCAAGAAAGACAAUGAUCUCCUCCGAGAAACAAUAGCAAAUUUGACUAGACAUAUCAAUACGAGUGAGAGUGUCGCCAUCGGAAAGAAAAUCAACAAAUUAAAUGAUAUUAUUUAUAACAUAACAUUGAAAAUACAAGAAGAAAAGAGAAAGGUCGAAAAUUUGGAGGAACAUUUUAAAGAUAUUUCAAACAGAAUCGAGGAGGCUAGAAUAGAGAGAUCCGGUGUUAACGUAUCUAAAGAAAGUAAUCGACUAGUAGAAAAGCAAAUCAAAGUUUUGGAAAACAGGCUCGAUAAAGCGCUUGUAAAAUUCAACGAGGCACUGACACAUAAUAAGGUUUUGAGAGACCAAAUUGAAAAUUUGAGAAAGGAAAGAGUAGUUUUUGACACCAUUUACAAGAAGAUGGAAAAAGAGUUGCAAGAUAAGAAGAAGGAGAUGGCAAAAAUAAUAGAAUUGUCGAACGCAGCAUACGAGGAACGAGGUCAAGCACUGGAAGAACAAAAGAAUGUCAAGAGAGACCAUCAAGCAGAGCUUGAGAAGAUUGAAGAAGAACGCCAACAACUCGAUCGCUUAUUGAAAGAGGCAGAAAAAGUCACUGAGAAGUUGCAACAAAGAGAGCUGGAAAGACGAGAAAGAGAAAUUCAAGAAUCAGCCGAGAUGGAUCGAAAGAAGCUCCUUCGUUCCUCGAAUUGGUCCUCAGCAGGCAACAAAUCUCGUACAACAGAUGUGAAUGAAAAGAGAAAAAUACUUGAAGAUCGAUUCGCCAAGAUUGAGGAAGCCACAGGAAAGAGUAUUGACGAGCUCAUUGAUCACUUCUCUCAGUCUGAAGAUCAAAACUUCUCCCUCUUCACCUACGUCAAUGAGUUGAACAGCGAAAUUGAAAAGUUGGAGGAGAACAUUUCUGAAAUGGAAGAGGAAAUUAAGAAGUUUAAAGGGGAAGGUGUCAAUUCAGAAUCUCAAAGAAAGAAGGUUCUUGCAGAAAUUCAAGAAAAGAUCAACGAGACCAACAGUAAGACCGAUCUGUACCAACGAAAAUACGAAAAUUCCCUCAAGACUCUGGAAAUCAUUUCCCGCGGAAUUGAAACCAUUUUCAACAAGCUCAAAUGCGAUCCUACAUCCAUUUCGGACAUGCUCGGAACUACAGGUGUCACAGAGUCCAAUAUGAUGAUCUAUUUAGGAUUCAUUGAGCAAAAAACAAAUGAUAUUGUACAAAUGUUUUUGGCAUCAAAGAAAGGAGAACGAUCGAAGGAUGAUUUGGCCAUGUCAGGUCCCAAGCAUCCAGUUGGAUUUACAGACGAUCUGGCCAUUGAGCCACCUUCGACCAAUAACGAAGGCAUUUCAGAUGAGGAUGACGACGACGAUGAGGAACGACCAUUCACCAGAGAGGAAUUGCUACAAAAAGCAAAGAAGACUGGUCUCACUAAGAAACCAAAAAAGAAGACCACCACUAAUGUAAAAUAA